CAGAGACUUGGAGUCUUGAAAAGCUCCGAAAAUGAAUCUCAGUAACAAAUAUACCAUGAUAAUGUUUCCGAGCUUUCUAUUUCUUGUGGGAUUGUUUUUUCGCAUGGUUCAAGGCGAUGUCCAUUUCUAUGACUUUUUGCUGACAGAGAAAAACUUCACACGGCUGUGCUCCACAAAAAGCAUGUUAGUUGUAAAUGGCAGUUUUCCAGGGCCAGUUAUACGGGUUACCAAAGGGGACACCGUGUAUGUUAAUGUUCACAACCAAGGAUAUUAUGGGGUGACCAUUCACUGGCAUGGUGUUAAGAACCCAAGAAAUCCUUGGUCGGAUGGCCCGGAGUACGUCACACAAUGUCCCAUUCAACCAGGAUCAAACUUCACCUACGAAGUCAUAUUUUCUGACGAGGAAGGAACCAUCUGGUGGCAUGCUCACAGCGAGUGGACACGUGCCAGUGUUCAUGGUGCCAUAGUUGUCUUGCCUGUUAAUGGAACUACUCGUCCAUUUCCCGAGCCAGACGAAGAAGAGAUCCUUGUGCUUGGGUCCUGGUACAUUGACGAUUUACACGUCGUGGUUGAUACGGACCUUAAAACUGGUGAUGACUUGCCGCAUUCAGAUGCUUUCACCAUAAACGGUGAACCUGGAGAUUUUUGUGCAUGCUCCAAAGAAACAACAUACCGUUGGAUGGUUAGUUACGGCAAGACCUAUCUUCUUCGUGUAAUCAAUGCAGAUAUUAAUGCAGAACUCUUCCUUGCAAUCGCCCAACACAACCUCACAGUUGUUGGAAUGGAUGGGCAUUAUAUCAAACCAAUAGUCACCAAUUACAUUUUUAUAAGCCCGGGACAAACAAUGGAUAUCUUACUCACAACCAAUCAGUCUCUUGGGCACUAUUAUAUCGCUGCUCGACAAUUCUGGAGCCAAAAUCCCGGAGUUACAAAUUUCGACCACGUCAAUGCCACCGCAAUCCUCCAAUACAAAGGAAACUAUUCUUUCCUAGAAUCUCCUUUGUUUCCUAGUGAGCUUCCUUUUUACAAGGAUUUAAAAUCUUCCUUAAGCUUUACAAGUAGUAUUCGGAGCUUAGCAAGCGAAGAUCACCCCGUAAACGUCCCCUUAAACAUAACUACCCGAAUGUUUAUAACACUUUCAAUGAGCGACCUGCCCUGUGAAAACACUACAUGUGAGGAGGCAGGAGAUCGAUAUGGCUAUCUGUUCGCUACAAGUGUGAAUAAUAUAAGUUGGGUUAAUCCUACAAGUACUGAUAUACUGCUCGCAUACUACAGGAACAUUAGUGGGGUUUAUACUACAGAUUUCCCAGACGAGCCCCCUUCUUAUUUUAACUUUACAUCUGAUGACACUGAAGAUUAUAGUGGAGUAACAAAGCAAGGCACUAAGGUGAAAGUGUUGAAUUAUAAUGAAGCAGUAGAGAUACUUUUUCAGGAUACCAACUUGAUCGGAGGUGGGGCAAAUCAUCCGAUGCAUUUUCAUGGGUAUAGCUUCUUCGUGGUUGGAAUGGGUUCUGGGAAUUUUGACAACAAAACCGACCCAAAAGGAUUUAAUUUAGUUGAUCCACCUGAAGUGAAUACCUUUGCUGUUCCUAGGAAUGGAUGGCUUGCCAUCAGAUUUCUAGCAAAAAAUCCUGGUGUGUGGUUUUGGCAUUGCCAUUUGGAGCGACAUUUUUCUUGGGGCAUGAAUGCUGCUUUUAUUGUAAAAAAUGGAGAUACUGCUGAGACAAGUAUCCUCCAACCCCCUGCUAACAUGCCUCCUUGUAGAGUUCCAUUCAGAUCUUGGCUCCAAAAUAGUGAUGAUUCGGAUGAAAAAGAAAAAGAAUCAAGUUUGAUCUAAAUGCCACCAUGCACUGGUGCGUGAGAUCCACUCCCUGAAGCAUGUGUCCCACGCGCCGGUCAGCAUGUUCCACUCUCUGUGCCCCAGCUGCUGCUACUGUUUGGUAAUUGUUUUGUUGUGUUUUUUUUUUUUUUAAUUUUCUUUUGUGUUUUAGUCACUUUUUAUUUUGGGUUUUUGUACCCCUGUAUUUUCUUAGUCAGAUCCCGUUGUGGAGACUUUUAAUUCGAUCUUUGUGUUGGUUGGUAGCUAUCAAACCAAUUAUUAAAAAUAAGGAAUUUUGGUUUUGCAA